CUGUACUCUCUGACAUGAAAGACUUGCUCACUUUCAUUGUUGUCGUUCUGAAACCUUCAACUGAUGCCGAUGUCUGAUAGAAACGGGAAAUUUGUUUUUCUUUCAGGUGCGCCAGAAGAUGCAAAUGUCGUUGUAGUAUAGUGGGUUUUUGGAGCAGCGGCUGGCGGGCGAAGAAAGCGCUCAGAGAGAGAGAGAGAGAGAGACGGCGACGAUGAGCGGCGCCGGCUCUCCGGACUUCUUCUGCAGGGAAGCGCAGCGCCUCGGUUACGUCGCUCGAUCUGCCUUCAAGCUUCUGCAGAUGCAGAAGCAGUAUAAGCUCAUAACUCCGGGGGCUUCGGUGCUUGAUCUUGGAUGCGCACCAGGCGCUUGGCUUCAGGUAGCAUGUCAGAGCUUGGGUCCGCUGGAGAAGGGCGGAUCAGUCAUUGGCAUUGAUAUAAAGAAAGUGAAAGUUCCUUCUUCUCAUUGUGAUUCUCGGGUCAGAGCAAUCUGUUUGGAUGUGAUGAAUUUGUUGAGAGAUCAAGUCAAGGCAAUGUCUCCUCAGGAAAGAGGGUUUUCUGUGAUUUUAUCGGAUAUGUGUCCGCCAGUAUCGGGCAUCACAGUAAAGGACACUGCUCUCUCCUGCGAACUUGGCGCACGCGCCCUCUCAUUGGCUAUAGGCAGGGUACUUUUACCAAACUCAGCUGGGGAUAAUAUAGCAGAGUCGAGUGACAACAACACAGACGCCGAUACAAAUGAAGAUGGCGUUCUUCGUCAAGGAGGCAACCUUGUGAUUAAACUCCUCGAGAGCGAAGAUAAUGCAGCCUUUCUUAAAUUUUGCAAACAGCGUUUCGCAAAGGCAGUAUGGUUAAGACCCAAGGCUACCAGAUCCUCCUCAAGAGAGAUAUACUUGAUAUGUCAAGGUCGUCGCUAGGCCAUUGCUUGAGUGGCAUCAUCAAUCAAUAAUGCAUGCGUUCCAUGCUGAAUCACAAACACCGGACCACUCAGUCGUCACAUGCUCUGUCUCCUCCUCCCGGAGACCUCCAUCAUCCUUUCUCUUCCACGUCGAGUCAACACUGCUCGAAUCAGAUGCACGUCGCGGCGGCCGUCGGCUGUUGGAUCCACGCGUGCGCCGCCGGGCGGGGCAGCAUCCGACAUGGCUCCGAAUAGUCAGCGUCUCCCUCUGUCGCCAUGCGUGCGUGGCGACGUCCGUGCCUGCUCCAUUAUUAGUGCUCUGCUCGCCCUCUGUCUCCCGAGUCAAUUAAUUCAACACCUAUUUUCUAAUCUCGCUGCUGUUUUGACUGUACGCAGGGCGGUGGGUCGCUGUGUACAUGGAGGCCUCCAAAGAGCAGUAGCAUCUCACUGGUCUCCAACAGCAAUAAGCCUGAUCAAGUCCUCUCUCUAUAAAAGGCGUGCUUAUCCUCCCGCUGUUUCUUCACUUCCUGUUGAAUCCGUCCAGACGAUGGAGGUGCGCAUGGAUGAGAAAUGGAAGCUGUCGAGGAAGCGAGGAGGCGGAGAAGCGAAGAGGAGGAGCACGGCGGAGUCCUUGUCCGGGAGAUGUGGGAGUCUUGUGAGAGAGCAGAGGGCCAAGUUCUACAUCAUGCGCCGCUGUGUUGUUAUGCUCCUUUGCUGGAGAGAUUGACUGCCGCUGAAAAAGAAAAAUAGAAAAAAGGGGAAAGAAACUUGAGAACAAAUCCAAGUGUAUAAGAAGAGCUCACAAGGGAUGGAGAGAUCAAAGUAAGACAUGCAAUAAAGGAGAAGUUUUGUUUUGUUUUAUUUUGUUUUCCCAUAAUUUGGUACAUGUAUUGGUGAAAGGGAAAGGAAUUUGUAUGGAAAACUUAAUUGGAAUCAUAAACCUUUUGUUCUUCCUUAA